AUGUCAGAGAAGAAGUUAAGAAGUAACCACACUCCAAAAGCCAAAUGGUCAUAUAAGGAAGAUCAGAGACUUAUAGAGGCCGUUAACAAGUAUGGAUUUAUUAAAUGGAACGAGAUAGCGAAAUAUGUUGGUGAAUGUCGCAAUGGAAAACAAUGCAGAGAACGCUGGCUAUUUAAUUUAUCGCCAGAUAUCAACAAUGCCCCGUGGGAUAGGGAAGAAGAUGAAAAAUUAAUAAAAUUACAUGGGAAAUAUGGAAAUAAAUGGGCAACCAUCUCAAGAUACUUAGAGGGUAGAUCAGCAAUCAAAGUAAAAAAUCGGAUGAAAACCCUCUCCAAAAAGAUGUGCUUAGAAUGCAAUAUCAAACCUCAUGAAGAAAAACCAAAGCCGAUCAUCAUAGAUUAUCCAAAAGAAACUCAUAAGAUAUAUGAUGCAGCGUUUGAUUUUUCUGCAUUUGACAAUAUAGAUGAAACAUUUCCAGAAAAUUUUAAAUUUGAAUAA